UGCGGUCGGUUGGGCGGUUCCAACCGACCGUUGCUCUCCCCUACUCUUUAGGCUUGCUUAAACUAAACAGAUCAUAAUAAUUCUAAAUAUGUACCCUGUGAGGUGCUCAAUGGUGCAAUUGGCACUACUACUAAAGAUUUAAACAUGUUUAAGCAACUGCUCUAAAAUUUAUUGUAGUUAUCUAGUAAUCAUUCAGGUUAUAUCAAAUUUAAGUAGAAAGUAGGAAACAUGACUAACUCAUGUUAGCUUCCAUACAGGUGGUGCUUCCCCAAUAGCGAUGAUACUUCUGCAGAUGAUUACUACAGUCUCGUAAUGGCUGCUGGGAAAUCUGGAAGUUGUAAGAUGUUGGAAUCUUUCAUGCCUCCGCCUAGCAAGAAAUCACGAAAGGAGCGGAACCGAGGGAAAUUACCUGGAAGUACCCCUACACAUGAGGUUAUGGAACAAGUUAUUUGGAAAGAAUUCCCAGAAGACCUUUUUGAAGCUGUCAUUGCUAGACUUCCUGUUGCCACAUAUUUUCGCUUCCGCUCAGUAUGCCGUAAAUGGAAUUCUUUGCUGGACUCACAAAGUUUCUCUCAGCAUUGUGCCGAAGUGCCACAAGCCAAUCCCUGGUUCUAUACCAUUACUCAUGAAAAUAUGAAUGUUGGAGCCAUGUAUGACCCCUCCUUUAGGAAAUGGCACCACCCCACAAUCACUUUUCUGCCAGCAAAGAUGAUUGCUCUGCCAGUUGCUUCUGCAGGUGGUCUAGUUUGCUUUCUUGAUAUUGGUCAUAGGAACUUUUAUGUCUGCAACCCUUUGACUCAGUCAUUUAAAGAGUUGCCAGCUAGGUCAGUUAAAGUGUGGUCACGUGUUGCUGUGGGUAUGACUCUGAACGGGUAUUCAACCGGCAGAGGCUACAAGAUCCUGUGGGUGGGUUGUGAUGGAGAGUAUGAAGUUUAUGACUCAGUGAAGAAUUCAUGGAGUCGACCUGGAAGCAUGCCCCCAAACAUUAAGCUGCCACUAUCACUGAACUUUCGGUCACAAACAGUUUCCAUUGAUAGCACACUUUACUUCAUGCGAUCAGACCCU